UCACACAAUGUGAAGCUUAAAGUGUUUGGGGGACAAUUGGCCCUAGCCCAAUUCUUUACCCUCCACUUAACUAGACACAAGGGUAUUGCGAUAACUAGCUAGUAACCUUUGCUAUGUGUGGAAGUCAUUUAAAGUUGUGAAUCAAUCGUUAAAGUUGUUAACAUUUCUCCCGUUAUUGCAUUAGUUCCCUUCUGUCUACUUUAAACAUGUGUAAGUUUUAAAACUGUUUCAUCAUUUAAAGAUAGAUUUAAGUUAAGAUUUUGCCGAUUUAGGAGCAUUUUAAAUUUAAAAAAAUUACUUAGGUUCGCUAGGAAGGACCUCUACAUCAGGGCCUUCCUGAGAGGUCUACUGCUUUAAGAUGGCGGCUGUUUACAAACGCAUGUAGUCCUUAAAACAUGUUGGCAGUGCAGCAGUGUCUAUCAUUUGCAUCUAGUUCUAUAAUAUGAUAUCUACCGUGUCAUGUGGGCGUAGUUUGUCGGCUAUGGCUGCAGUCAGGUAUUAUUGGAGCCACCUAGCAUCGCGGUUGCAACGGCGUCUUCCCCACUCCUGCUCUGCUCUGGUCCCCAAUACACAACAGAGUGCUCUGUGGGUUCAGCAGGCUCUGAUAGAGAAACGGAACUGUUGAACAACUGUUCUGAGAAUAUGGUGACCAGCACAAUGGAGCUCCAAAUGGACAUCCAUCCUGCCACUGCGGACGCCCUGGAUGAGAAGAAAAAAAAAGUCUGUGCGCAGAAAAAUGUUCAUUUUGAAUGAGCUGAUUCAAACCGAAAAGGCCUAUGUGCGAGACUUACGGGAAUGCAUUGACAUUUACAUGAGGGAGAUGUUGACAAAGGAGGAUGAGAUCCCUCAAGGAAUCGCCAAUGUGGAGCACAUCAUCUUUGGGAACAUUAUGGACCUGUAUGAAUUCCAUCACAGCAUCUUUCUUAAAGAGCUGGAAAAAUACCAACACGUCCCCGAAGAUGUCGGAAAGUGCUUUGUCACAUGGGUAUGUAUAUCGCUUCCUCAGUAACCAUAAUCACACUGAAAAAUGAUCGUAAAUAAUUCUAAGCAUUUUUUAAUAUGCUGAUGAAUUCCAACUACACGUUGAAUACUGCAUGAACAACGAAGAAUCCACUCGGCUCAUCAUGGAGCAUGCUGUGAACUAUUUUCGUAAAAUUCAGCAGAAGCACGGACCCGCCUACCCAGUGAAUUCUUACCUGCUGAAGCCCGUGCAGAGAAUUACAAAAUAUCCACUCCUGCUAAAGGAUCUGAUGGAUUGCUGUGAAGAAGGGAAAGCUGAGCUCAAGAUGGCCCUGGAUGUGACUCUCAGCAUUCCCAAGAGAGCCAACGAUGCCAUGCAUCUCUCCGUGCUGGAAGGAUUUGAUGACAGCAUUGAGUCCCAAGGCGAGCUGCUCCUACAGGAGUCCUUCAAGGUGUGGGAUUCAAAAAUACCAUUCAGGAUGGGCAAAAAUAGACAACUCUUCCUCUUGGAGAAGUCCAUGGUGGUCUGCAAGGUAGUCAAGGACAACAAGGGGAAGAGCAGAUAGCCGAGAUAAAGCUGACAGAGCACCUGAGGGGAGACCCCUGCAAGUUUGCUCUUUUGUUGGGCCGAACCUCGACAUUGAGCAAGAUUGUUCUGAAGGCUUCCACUUCUGUGACCAAGAUGAACUGGAUCAAACAUAUCCAGAAGCUGAUCCAGGAGCACACCAUCCACCUGAGGGAGGCACUCAAGCAGCCGAGGCGUAUUCCCAAAAGUAGCACAGACAAGCUCCACAAGAGUCAAAGGAAUGGAAAACAUCACGGACAUGAGGGUGAAAGAAAGAUUGAGGCCUGCUACAUUGGAGGACCCUGGCUAUUACUCGGUACAAAGAAAAGUGGGGUUCGCAAAAUGACAUACACAUAGGAACUUACAUGAACUUGCACACGUUGACAAGAUCCUUGUAAAAAAAAAAAUAUUUCAAAAUGUCUAUGUUUAAUAUAUGUAUAUAGUGUAUAUAAUUUAUGUUGUUUUUGUACACUUUUUAAAAAAUAAUUUCUUGUAUAU